AUGGCUACUCAACUCGGUCAAAUCUAUGAAACUCUUUACACUCUCAUCGGGCCAUUCAUACCCUUUCUUGUACCCAUCAACUUCUACAUCAACCUACGCUUCCUAUGUCACCCAAAAUGGAAAACGAGCACAGCUAGCAAAUUUGUAAAUGCAGCAAAUAUGAUACAACUUCUAAGCCGAUCAGUACCGCGGGUAUUGCUGACAUUAUGGAGCAUGAAUGGAGAAUUUUUGGGGCAAUGGAGGGUUUUGACGGAGACUGGACUAAUUAUUUUGGCUCUUCUGAUCUGGGGCUCGGAAUGGGAUAUCGAUGAAGGGUCGAUUGAUGAGAUGCUGGAUGAUUGGUGGGCUACUUCUGACGACGGAAAUGAGCAAAGAAAGAUGAAGGAACAAGGAGAAAAGGACUCUGAUAAGGGAGGAAUUACUGUGGAGUGCCAAGGACAUCAGUCGAAAGCUCGCUAA